AUGGCUACUUACAACGAUCCCUAUGCGCACGGCCAGUACCCGCAGCAGUACCAGGAUGCGCCCUUCAACCCGUAUGAAGUGCAACAACAACAGCAUGCACAGAGGCCAUACGAUCAGGGCGGGUACUCCGAUCCUAGUGACGAGUAUGCCGCUUCUGCUCGUGCGAAGGAAAGCGCCUCCGGGCUGCGGAAUGGUUAUGGACACGGAGAAGAUGCAGUGCCAGUACCGAUGGGCGAGAAGACGUCAAGUAACAUGCGGCAAUGGCGGUACGAGCACCAGGGCAAGAUGUGGACGAAAGGCAGCCGUGCUCGCUGCUUCGGCCGCUUCUUUUGCUGCACGAUUAUGAUCUUCCUGUUCCUCCUGAUCAGCAUUGUGCUGUCGCUGGCCCUGUGGCUCCGCCCGCCGAACAUCAUCGUGGGACAGCCGACCCCGGAUUUGAGCACGUUCGCCAUCGACGUGAACACGGAGAGCCUCAGUCUUGGGAUGCCCGUGAACGUCAGCAUCAACAACCCGAACUACUUCCCGGUCGACAUCACCUACCUGGACGCAGUCGUGCUCUACCCGAUCAACAACACGCAGAUCGGGUCCGGGCACAAGGGGAAGGUCGAGCUGAAGCAGUUCGAGCAGACGAACUUCACGUUCCCGGUUACGGUCGCCUACAACGCCACCUCGGACCCGAAUGGCGCGGUCAUCCUUGACCUCGCAAAGCACUGCGGUCUCGUCGGGAGCACGGCAACAGAUGUCUCCCUCACCGUCAACGUGAAAGUCGCGCUCAAGAUCUUCGAUAUCCCGAUCUCCCACACUAUCACAAACCAGGUAUCGUUCGCGUGUCCUUUGAGCAGCGUGGGCACAGAACUUGAGGACCUCCUCAAGGCCCUUGGCCUCUCGGACAUCGCGAGCUUGUUGUGA